UUUCGUUGAAAAGUGAUAUUUGUCUAUUUAUUUUAACUCGAACGUAAAGAGUCCUCGUAGUUGACUGACGUGAAACUCUGCCGGUGUUUGUGCUUCAGUACCCGGGGUUGGUGACAGGAAUCUCGGCACGCCAUGACUGCUACUUCCGCUGUUACUAGCCAAAGGUAUGCUAUCGUUAUCGUACCCGAAAAAAACAACUAUUUUACAUUUUAUUAGGAUUCAUUUUCAGGUUUUUAUUAUUUGAAGCAAACUGCUGCUGAAGUGCUUCUGUUCCUUUGAUUUAUGUUAGAAAGAAAAUUGUGUUUAUUUUAUUGACCCCGCCUGUAAUGAGAUCGCGACCAAUCAAAUGCGCGAUAGUGGAUGAUGGACGUCCCCACAGCCAAUCAGAGCCGAACACCCUUCCCACAGUGGGCGGGCCCAAGUGGCUUCCACACCCCUCUCUGCAGUCCUCUCCCCGGUUUCCAGCAUCUCAACCUGGGCUCGCCCUCUGACCAGACACCGCCGUGUCCGCCACCCGGGCAAACGUCACCAUGGUCCCCUUACAGCUGUCACCCGGGAGCAUGUGGCUCCAUCCUCUCGCCGCCUUACGUACAUGGAACUCAGUCACCGCCUUACACCCCAGGGGCCAUACCCCAAUUUGUCCCCGAUGCACAGGAAAGGAGCACAGUGCAGCAGUCCCCGAACGCAGAGUCCCGGUAUGGACUGGACCCAGAGCUGCUUCCCAGUGCGGUGAAAGUGAUGGCGGACGACAGGGCGCAGUGGGAGGGGAAGGUUUUUGUCUCGGAGCCUUUUUGUUCUCUACCUCCUCUGCCGACCACUACCUGCAUCGUGGAGGACGGAGGCAGCGCCAGCCCCAACGCCAUGCGCUCUACCUCGUACUGCGUUCCCUGCGACGGUCCCACCGCCCUCCUCGCCCGCCUGCCCCUGGCCACCCUAGUGACACCCCUGGCCAAACAGAACCCAAUAGAGACGCCCUUGCCGGUGUGCGCGGAGGAAGUGUGCGUGAAGGGAUGUCGUUGGUGCGGAGCGUCCAUGUGCGCCGCCAUAAGCUGGGAGGACUGUGGGCAGAGGUUCUACUGCCCCUUUUGUGGGAAACUCACUGAAGUGCCGUGGCAAGACUACCAGCCCACAGACGGCGUGGGCGGGGCUCGGCUUGAUCGACAGCAGAGGCCCGAACUCCACAUGGGAUCUUACGAAGUCCUUCACGCCCGCCAGGGUGAAGCGGCCGUAUUGCUCCUCGCCAUCGACGUGUCGGCCGCGGCGCUCCGAUGCGGCCAUUUGGAGUUUGUGACGCAGCAAAUCCUCACUCUGCUGGCCUCACUGCUCAGCGAGGAGGGCGGGGCCUCCUGGUCGGACGUCCGCGUGGGUCUGCUGACGUACGACAGCAGAGUGCAGCUGUAUGACCUCAGCCCCGCCCUGUCCCGCCCGCACAUGUUGGUCCUCGCUGAGACGGAGGAGGAGAUGCAGCUCCCUGCCAGGGAGGGGCUGCUGGUCCCUCUUAGGGACUGCAUAGACUCCGUCACCAGUGUGUUGCAGCUCAUCCCACAGUUCAGUCCAGAGGGGGACGACUCCACAGGUGUCCCCGUGGAGCUGCCAGUCAAAGCGGGACUUGCAGUUCUGCAGACCCUCACGUGUCCUGGCAAGCUGCUUGUCUUCCACGCCGCCCCUCUAAUAGAGACAGGACAUGCUCAGACCUCCUCAGGCUUUUUUGGUUCCAACAAGACUAAGUCCAUCUUCCAGCCGCCAGAGGCCGCCGUCUCCUUGGCCAAGGCGUGCGUCCGUCAGGGCUGUGGCGUCCACCUGUUUGUCCUCUCUCAGCAAGACGUGGGCGGGGCUUGGCCGGGGCACGUCCCCUACCUGACAGGGGGAGCGCUGUACUCCUACAACCACCUGCAGGGAGAUUUGGACCGGGAGCGUUUCAGCAGAAACCUAAGACGUGCCGUCCAAGCAGAGGUCGCCUACCAGGCUGAGCUCAGCUUAUUUGUCAGCAAAGGUUUGCGGGUCUCCGGCUGUUAUGGACUCUUUGUCCCCGGUCCGAGCCCGAGCCAGGUCGUCAUGGCAACCCUCGACUGGCAGACAACGCUGGCCGUGGAGCUGGCUCACAGCAGCGCCCUUGAUGAGACGAAAGGUGUCGCCAUACAGGCCGUCCUGACGUACGCCACGCGGGCCGGGGAGCGGCGCUCCAGGGUGCACACGCUGACGCUGCGAUGCUCGCGACACCUGCAGGAUACUUUCCGCCAGUGCCAGGCCCAAACGCUGCUCACCUUCUACUGCAAAAAGAUGUACUGUGCAGUGCUGGAGCGCCCCCUGCAGGAGCUGCGCGAGGAGCUGCAAACAGACCUCACGGAAGCGCUGGCGUCCUACCGUAAACACGGCUGCUCCGCUUCGGUGUCCACCGGUCAGCUUGUCCUCCCUCAGGGCCUCCGAGCACUUCCCGUCUACGUCAACAGUCUGAGGAAGAGCGAGGUGCUGCUGCCGGGCCUGCGCACCUCCUCCGUCCACCAGCGCCUGCAGCAGCGCUGUCAGGUCCUGCGACUCGACGCCUCGGCGAGCGCCGCACACUUCUACCCGCUGCUCCUGCCUCUGCCGAUGUCACCCGCCAACCACGACGAGCCUUCAGUCCCGCUAGAGGCCCUGCGCUGCUCCGGUGCCAGCCUGCAUCCCGGCGGCGUGUAUCUGAUGCACACGCCGCACACCCUCCUGCUCUGGGUGGGCGCCCGGGUGCCGGCGGUCACCCUGGUGGAGCUCUUCAACGUCACCUGCUUCUCCUCGCUGCUCUCCGGAGAGACCAAGCUGCCUGUCCUGGACAACGCCUCGUCCGUCGGUGUUCGAUCCCUCGUCCACGCGCUGGACUCAGAAGCCCCCUGCGCCCGUGAGUUGCUGCUGGUGAAGCAGGGCGACGCCUGUGAGGAGCUCCUGCAGCGCCACCUAGUGGAGGACAAGAGCCCCAACGGAGGUGCCUCGUACGCCGACUUCCUCUACCAUCUGCACGUCAACUCUGUGCGCCUCCUGCAGUGACACUUCCAGUAAUAAUAAUAAUAAUAAUAAUAAUAACUGGGAUUUAUAUAGCGCUUUUCUAAGUACCCAAAGUCGCUUUACAUGUAGAACCCAUCAUUCCUUCACACCUGGUGGUGGUAAGCUACUUUCAUAGCCACUUCUUUAUUUAUUUUGGUGUCCAAAAUUCAAAAGUAUACGGGGGCCGUUUUGAUAUUUUUUUUUAUUUUGUAAAAACACAAUGCUAAAAACCAGGCCCAGGCCCUAACCAAUCUGGCGCCCUAGGCAAGAUUUUAGGUGGCGCCCCCCCCCCACAUCGGCAGUGAAGUGUAUAUACUCACAAGAACCCGAAUAGCUUUGUCUUUGACCUUUUUUUUUUUUUUACUUACAACUAUACCAGCAUACCUGCCAACUACUCCGGUUUUCCCGUAAUUAGUACGGUUUUCAUCAACCUAUUCCGGGUUACGGUUGCAGUGAUAAAAAAAUACGGUUUUUCAUUCAUGAAAAAAAAAAAAAAGGGUGAAAACUACGCGAAUUGCACCUUGUGCAGACAAGAUUUUUCGAUCGGACACGGAGGAAUUAGCGAUGUAAAAGACCACGUUGGGACAAAAAAAACACAAGUCUGAUGCCGUUGCUAGCGAUGCAAGUGGAAAACUUUCAACGUUUUUCGUCGCCCAAACAGAUUCUUUGGAUGUGAUGAAUGCCGAAGUUUUAUUUACGGAGGCAAUAAUUGAGCAUGGACUUCCAAUCGCACUGGCUGAUCACAUGGGACAGUUAAAUGUUUGUAAUGCCAUCCAUCCAUCCAUCUUCUUCCGCUUAUCCGAGGUCGGGUCGCGGGGGCAGCAGCCUAAGCAGGGAAGCCCAGACUUCCCUCUCCCCAGCCACUUCGUCCAGCUCCUCCCGGGGGACCCCGAGGCGUUCCCAGGCCAGCCGGGAGACAUAGUCUUCCCAACGUGUCCUGGGUCUUCCUCGUGGCCUCCUACCGGUCGGACGUGCCCUAAACACCUCCUUAGGGAGGCGCUCGGGUGGCAU